UAAAUAUAUUUAUACUUUCUAUGUACCUGGUUAGUGUUAUCUUUUAUUUAUUGUGAUGCUAGUGGGAUGUGUUUUGUAUGAUGUGUAUAGCGUCGCAACACUUUGGUGCGCGUGCAUUAUCCAUUUUGAUUUCUUUGUGAACCAGGAUGUGAUAUUUUGACUUUAUGGGAUUAACCUCGAUGUGUUGGUUUGUCUCUUAUUCUCACGAUGCGUGAUGAGUUGCUCUUGGCAUUAUCCCAUUUGGUGCCCCGCAGGCUUGCGACGGUCUAUUUUAUUUUUUCCGGAUCUACUUUAUUGCUUUCUAUAGGCCUGCUGAACGGUCCUGAGACUCUUUUUCGCAAAUUUACUUCAUGUCAAGGCACUGCGGAAUACAAUUUGAGUAUUUUUAUAGCAUUGGUUGUGUUACAAUGUUUAUUAUUACUUCCAAAGUUUGACAGUGGCUAUCCUGAGAACCCAUGUAUCACUGACGAGACUGCUGGUUCUUCUACUUACAGUGGUAGUAGCCGUUCUGAUGGCUUGAAUGAGCGCUCUAAGAUCGGGUCCUCUUUGGGCAUUGAUGCAGGUGACUGUUUCCGCCAUGAGGGUUUUAUGACUAUUAUGUGUGAGAAUCCAGCACCUCGUGCUUCUACUCAUGGAAUCUCUUCGUAUGACGCCACCAUAUCGCAAAGUCAGGUAAAUUGGAGUCCUCGCAAAGUGCAUAGUGGCGGUUUUGUUACUUCGUUGAACCCUACUAUUCCCAGUCGUUUGAAUAGUGUCGCUACUAUUGGCAAUGAACUCAAGGAUAACUCUCCUGAUAAUUCUGAUCCCAAAGACGGUUCAUCUGUGGAGCCCAAGGCCUCACGUUGUCAGUGGUUAAGUUUCCACUCCAUUUGUUUGAAUUCUCUUUGGAUGUUACUGUACCAUUUAGUAUUUUUCAUGGGUACUCAUGCUACUUUGCUUGCAUCUCGUAUUCAUGGAUCUAUCGCUUUGAAUGCAUAUUCACUGGAGACUUGUGCUCAUUUACGUGACAAAUUCCCGUUAGGCAUGUGGUCUCCUAGGUUAGGCCAUCAGUUGAUUAGUGAGAGUACUUUCUUUUUGACUUAUAUGUCCUGCACUACUUUUGAGUUAGUGCUUCGCAAAUCAUCUGAUGCAUCAUAUUUGCGUAACAUAUUUUCGCUUCAUUAUUUCAAGGAACGUGUUUGGGUUGGUAUAACUCGUUUAAUUUUACAGGCUGUGAUAUUCCUGUAUGCGUUAUCCUUGAUUAUAAUAAGCAUCAUUACUGGUUACGGUUCUCCAAUGCAGAUUGUUUGUGGAUUUUCCAUGGGCAUGUUGAUGUUAUGGAUCAAUGCUGUUUUAACUCAGUUACUUGAGUUGAGUGACAUGUCCAAGUCUACUAUGAAUUUGAAUUGGUUUUGGUCCUUGUUAAGUUUAUUGAACUUUUGGAUCUGCAGUUUGCUGUUUUACAUAUCUGUUUACGGUGUUCCGUUUUCUGCUCCUUAUAUGUACCUUCAGAUUUUCGUCUGGGUACCACUUUUGAUACUGACUUGUAGGGAAGGGAAGCAGAUAUUUAUGUGGCAAGACUUUUCCUCAGCGCUUUGCGCCUUCAACUGAGGGUGUUGUACACUAUCGUAGUUGUUGUCUUUAUGCCAUUUCUGUGUAUAACGACGUUAAUAGCAUUUCCUAUGCUACUGUUUGGUUUUAAAGACAUUUGUAUUCCGGUUCAUCGUUGGAAGAUAUCGCUAUCGGUUGUUGCCAUGUUCAUGUAUAAACAUGGACCAUUCCCAUUUAUUGCGACAGCGACACUAAUUUUAAAUAGUUGCUUCGCAUG